CGCGCGGCGAGGUGGCAGUUUGGGUCUGGUCCUGUGGAAUCGUAUUAUGUCGCGCCCGAAGAAUCAAAAUUACAAGGGCCAUGGAUUGUCAAAGGGAAAAGAGCGAGAGCAGAGAGCUUCAAUCCGAUUCAAGACCACUCUCGUGAAUACUCUCAUGGAUGUCCUUCGCCACAGGCCGGGCUGGGUAGAAGUAAAGGAUGAAGGGGACUGGGAUUUCUACUGGUGUGACGUCAGCUGGCUCCGGGAGAACUUUGACCACACCUACAUGGACGAACAUGUGCGGAUCAGUCACUUCCGAAACCACUACGAGCUGACGCGCAAGAACUACAUGGUGAAGAACCUGAAGCGGUUCCGGAAGCAGCUGGAGCGCGAGGCAGGGAAGCUGGAGGCAGCCAAGUGCGACUUCUUCCCCAAAACCUUUGAGAUGCCAUGCGAGUACCACCUGUUCGUGGAAGAGUUCCGCAAAAACCCGGGGAUCACCUGGAUCAUGAAGCCUGUAGCCCGGUCGCAGGGAAAAGGCAUUUUCCUCUUCCGGAGGCUGAAGGACAUCAUGGACUGGAGGAAGGGCACCGCUGGGAAGAAGCUCACCAGCUCAGAGGCCCAGCCAGCCCGGAGCGCUGUCAAUCCACCCGGAGGCCAUGACGCAAGAAGUUCUGAAGACCAGAAGGAUGAAAUCCCCGUGGAGAACUACGUAGCUCAGCGCUAUAUCGAAAACCCCUACCUGAUAGGAGGCUGCAAGUUUGACCUGCGCGUCUACGUGCUGGUGAUGUCGUACAUCCCGCUGCGGGCCUGGCUGUACCGGGACGGCUUCGCCCGAUUCUCCAACACCCGCUUCACACUGAGCAGCAUCGAUGACCAGUAUGUUCACCUCACCAAUGUCGCUGUGCAAAAGACCUCUCCUGACUACCAUCCAAAGAAGGGCUGCAAGUGGAUGAUCCAGCGCUUCCGCCAGUACCUGGCGUCCAAGCAUGGGCCAGAGGCGGUGGAGACGCUCUUCAGUGACAUGGACAACAUCUUCAUCAGGAGCCUGCAGAGCGUGCAGAAGGUGAUCAUCAGCGACAAGCACUGCUUUGAGCUGUACGGCUAUGACAUCCUCAUAGACCAGGACCUCAAACCGUGGCUCCUGGAGGUCAACGCAUCCCCAUCGCUGACAGCCAGCAGCCAGGAGGACUAUGAGCUCAAGACCUGCCUUCUGGAAGAUACCCUGCAUGUCGUGGACAUGGAGGCCAGGCUCACAGGAAGGGAGAAGCGAGUGGGAGGCUUUGACCUCAUGUGGAAUGAUGGCCCUGUCAGCCGAGAAGAGGGGGCUCCUGACCUGUCAGGGAUGGGGAAUUUUGUGACCAACACACACCUUGGCUGUGUCAACGAUCGGAAAAAACAGCUGAGGCAACUGUUCCGCUCCCUUCAAAGCCAGAAGAAAGCCUCCAGUUAGUCCCCGCGGUGGGGAGGAAAGCGACCCUGGGAGAUGCCAGCACAGUCCUCUCCCCCCUCUUUCCAGCACAGCGGUGCCUCCAAGCACUCACCUCCCUCCCUCUGGCCUGGCAGCAGCGUUGCUGCUCACUGCUUGUUCCAGGUCCCCUGGAUGCCCCCACCUGGGCACCUCUGCACCAGGAGACGGCCAAUCCCUGGGACUGGAUGCGUAUUAACCUUGAGGGAU